AUGGCGCCCACCACAACCAGAGAUGUCGUUGAAGCACCCAAGAUUGAAAUUGCCUUGACAAUCAUCUUGGGCAGGGACUAUUUGGAACAUGUGGCGGAAGAAACUGGAAAUGAUUAUUUGGAUGAUAAACUUGCGGAAUUCUUGCUGGAAACUAGGCGGAAGGCAUUGGACUGGAUUGUCAAUCAGGACCCAUUGCAAUUGAGGUAUGAUUCUCCCAAUUUGGUUCAGCGGUUUCUGCUGGUGCUCUUCUACUAUCAGACCACAAGGCACAAGCCAUGGAAAGAGUGCAACCCGGCAGCGAGUCCCCAACCGAGUGCUACAUCUGGUUUCUGCUAUGAGCCAGCUUUUUACACUGGUGAAGCAACAUCAAACAUUUGGGGGGAUCAGUGGCUCUCCGCUAGUCAUGAAUGCCAGUGGGCUGGAAUUACCUGUGAAACUGUGCAAUCAGUGGAUAGGACAGUUGCUGAGCUGCGUCUUUUUAGGAAUGAUCUUAAUGGCCCUCUUCCCUGGGAGAUCACAAGAUUGCCACAGCUGAGGAUUCUAGGGCUUAGCUCCAACAUGCUGACUGGAGUACUGCCCCCAAGGCUCCUUUCCAAAAGAGCAGGUGUUGCCCUGAAGUCUCUUGAUUUGUCCUGGAAUCAAUUUUCUGGUACUAUUCCUACACAAUGGGUUCCAAGCUUUCUUGAAGGAAAUGGAAAACUUACCAGUCUCCGUCUGCAGCGAAACACCUUGACCGGGAGAAUUCCAUCAGAGUUGGGUCUACUCCCUUUGAAAGACAUCAUACUCACAAGGAACACAUUGACAGGUUCCAUUCCGCAAGAAAUACUCAAUCAAACUUCUCUAAGGCGGCUCUAUUUGGGUAAAAAUGAUCUCACUGGGACUUUUCCAAGUGAAAUUGGGCUGCUCACCAAUUUGGAAUAUCUGUACUUGAAUCACACUCAUAUGUCUGGUUCCUUGCCCUCAGAGAUUGGCUUGGCAAACCAGCUUCUUGAAAUGAUUCUCUCUAACACCAACAUGCAAGGGACGCUCCCCAAAGAACUAUACACUGGACUCAAUAAGCUCGAGUUUCUCUACUUGGAUGGUUGCAACUUCACUGGGACCAUCAGCCCUUCACUUGGCCUUUUGACACAUCUCAUCUCGCUGGACGUAUCCAACAACCACUUCCAUGGCACCAUUCCCAAUGAGAUUGUGGCACUGACAAAUCUGGCACAACUUGUAGUGAACGGGAAUCAGAUCACUGGCACUAUUCCAAUCUCUUUCUGCCGGAAUCUUGCAUAUCUUGAACACGGUCGUUUUGAAGUUGCAUUUGUGGCUGACUGUUUGCCCAGUACAGAAACCGGAGUUCCUGCCAUCCAGUGCGCUUCUGAUUGUUGCACCGUUUGCUGCGAUCAGACAGGAGUUUGCCUUUCCACUUGA